AUGAGUGGUCGCGGAAAAACCGGUGGCAAAGUCAGAGCCAAGGCAAAGACCCGCUCCUCCCGUGCUGGGCUCCAGUUCCCAGUCGGCCGUGUCCACAGGCUGCUGCGCAAAGGAAACUACGCGGAGCGUGUCGGUGCCGGCGCCCCCGUCUACCUGGCGGCUGUGCUGGAGUACCUGACCGCUGAGAUCCUGGAGUUGGCUGGAAACGCUGCCCGCGACAACAAGAAGACCCGUAUCAUCCCCCGUCACCUGCAGCUGGCUGUCCGCAACGACGAGGAGCUCAACAAGCUGCUGGGCGGAGUGACCAUCGCUCAGGGCGGCGUGCUGCCCAACAUCCAGGCUGUUCUGCUGCCCAAGAAGACCGAGAAGGCCGCCAAGUCCAAGUAAACCUGGACACUCUUCAGCUGCUGGAAA